GUAAACAGCUCUCAGCAUUGUCAGAUGUCAGUCGCUCUUUCUCUGUUUUAGGUGUGGUGUUUUGGCCGUAGACAUUGUUUUGGGGUGUUGUUCGGAUUAAUGUGUGUUUUGAACGGGAUAAGAUAGCUUGUCAUACCUGCCGAGAUAUAGAAUGUUAUAAACAGCUACAAGCAAUCAGUUGCUGUUUUGCAUCGUGAGUGUGUUGUCCUUGACAUUGUGCUGGAGGUGAUCAUGGCUGAUUUGAUGGCUGAUCCACUGGAGUAUAUUAAAGAUCUCCAAGUCAGCCUGAAGGUCAGAGACAGUGUAGAGUUUCGCAGAUUAGUCCAAACCAAACAGGCACUCCAGCCGGGAAUAUUCUGGGAUUUUGCUACAGAAAUCUGCAAACAUUUGACAAAUGCCAUUUAUGAAGAAGCCGCUGUCUUCUUUGAGACAUGUGAGGAAGGGUUGAAAUACUUGAUCGAGAAUGGUAACCCUAAAGAGCUGCUCAUCAUCAUCCUAGAGCACAUAGAUGACGAUAGAGAUGACCUCAAAUACCGCACGUUGAUGGAGGCCACUCAGGCAAUUCUUUUGAAGAUUCCAACGAGGCGGGUGAAGUCAUUGGACAUUGCUCUGGAAACCUUGUUUGGCCACAUUGCCAGUUUAGAGCAGCCAGAUGAGUGUGGACUGGAAGGAGAGGAAAAGAAACUUCUGGAAGGGGAUCCAAAAGUGGCAAGGAUUGGAGAAGUUGUGAAACUGUUUCUACAAUUCCUACGACCUUUUGUAUGGGAAGUAUCCGUCAACAAUCCGAACAAUGCUAGGGAAAAAAAUGGUCACCAAGUAAGGGAGCUAACUCGGUGUAUUCUAAAACUGCUGAGUCAUCCUUUGUUGUAUGUGGAUCUGUCGCACACGGAUGACACGGGACAGGUCACAAAGACUUUGUGCAGGACGGAUGCAGAAAUAACGGUACAGUACUUAUCACAACUACACACAAAUUUUCAUAAACUUAUAAUGUCGACUUUAGACUCGAAUGCUCACAUUGAAAGGGAAAAUUGGAUGAAACAAGAAAGGAAGCGGACUAGGAUUGAGGACAACAUCGACAAGCAAGAUGGGAUUUUGGAUGAUGUUGAUAUGGAUCUGGAACUGGAGGAACCUGUUCCCGAGGACAGCCUGGCCUGUUUCUCCUACCUUGUACAUGGAGAGCAGAUAGGACGAAGGAACUGGCCAUGUGUAUAUAGCCAUACAUACACUCUCUGCCAUUGCUUACCAUUCAUCAAAAGACUCCUACGGAAACGAGAAAGUCUGGUGAUUUAUAAAGGCAUUUUCUUGGCAGAGGCCAUAUUGGACAACAUUCCCCGUAAGACUUUGUUAGCAGAUCUCUUAGAGCUGGACGAGACGACGGAUUUUGUCUUGGUACUCAUUGACAUUAUGUUACAUUGUUCUGUAACUGAACUCAGGCAGUUGGCUGUCAAACUCUUACCAUACUUUAUCAAUAAGUUCACAUUACAAGGGCGGUAUAAACUCAUGGAAUUUGUUCUUCACAAAACGUCACAUUCCGGCAUUGCUUCACUAGUUGUGAAAAUGAUUAAAGACCAGUUAGCUGCUGUUCUCAAGUCUAAGGAUUCCGGCAAGCCGUUCGUUGGAGCAUCCUUAGAGAAACUUGUCAGCUUCGCUUUAAAGCUUCCAGAAGGCGCCACUAGUGAUCUCCUUGACCAAUCAGAUCGCAUCAUGGCUGGUUUAAAUUUGGUGCGUUUCUUGGUGCUUAGCGACUCCCCAACAGUUAAUAAAACUGGAGUUUGGAGUCGAUUAGAGAUCAUAGAAGGAGAGUUCUUGAACCCCUUGAAAACCGGGAUUAACAUGUCAAGAGCUCACUAUGACAUGGAAUUGAAAAACAUCAAAUCUGGUAGAAAAACUUCUGACGAAAUUGAGAUGAAUGUGAACGUCAAUGGUGUGAAUUCACUAGAGAUGUCGGAACAGGAGAAGGUUCAAGUUCUGCAGAAUGCGGUGGUGACCUUUGACCUUAUGGAAAGUGUACAUGGACGCGUCAGUGAGAUUAUUUCUGCUCAGAAAAAUGCCCAAAAGACAGACAAUUCAGCAUCUGUUUCAGUGUAACAAGAUGUGUGUUUGGGUAAUAGUUUAUAGACAAUGCUGACUUAUUAGCGUAUAAUUUGUCAACGAAUGAAUUAUCAUGUUGCUUUGAAAAUGUUGGUGUUGAAGUUUUAAGACCAGAGAACAAUCACACGUGUAUUUACCAUAGAAAGCAAUUGACUUGCAAGAAUGCAAGGGUGUUGCUCAUAAAUCCAAAGUUUUUUUCUAUCGCUGUAUGAUUUGCUACUUUUUCUAGUCUCAAAACGACUUCUGUUUUUCAUCCUUUGAGGAAGAUAUUGUGCCAGAUUAAGCAGAUAUAUGUCAGACACUCCAUUUUGAUACAGACAAAUGAAUUGUAUAAUAUCUAUUCUUGCUACAUGUACUUUAGAUUAUUGUGGUGACCCUCGCUGGCCCAUUCAUCUGAAGCGUCGGUCCUUGAGCAAUAUGGUCGAGGCAUUAAAGUCAUGCUGGAGAAGUGCCGACUUGGCGAAAAUUUGUUGUUUACUCUGGGCAAUGAUCGGUUUCCUCAUUUUUAAAUGCUAC